AUGACGACUGCCUCCAUCGUCAUCAUCGACACCUGCCUCUCCCCGCGAGCUGAAAACAAGCUGUUGCUUCAUAGUGCGCACCCGGACACCCCUCCAACAACCCCCACACGCAACGCAGACAAUACAGAGACACUGUGGAGCACGCUGCUUUAUAUCAUCGAGACAGAGGUCUUGUUUGAGGUUGAGGAAUAUUCCGGUUGGAAGCAGGGUACUGAUCAGCCAAUGAGGGAGAGGAGGUUCAUGGUGUUACCUGGGGAAGACAUGGUGCUCAUCUUCAUCUCAGUCAGCCAUCGUCUAUCGUCCAUCGUCCAUGCUCUUCUCCCAUCCAGGGUUCCCCACGUGGAGAAGAAAUCGAGGAAGCCUCACCCACUUGUGGAGCUAUCUUCUGUCACAACCUCCGCCUCUGAAUUUACCCUCGUCGCCACCUCUGGAAAGUGGACCGCCUCCAUCCCCAAGCUCCUCCCGUUGCUGCGGUGCCGUGUCAGGUUCAUGCCUCCGCCUCUCCUCUUCGCCUCUCGCCCGCUGCUCUUCACUUGCUCCCUGCUGGGAGCCCGCUGCACCUCCACUUCAGAUCUGCCUCUGUAUAAUCCCCCGUACAGUGGUAAUAGUUACAAGAUAACAGUAUUUCGUAUGGGGUCUGAGGGUCACCAGGACAUCGAUCUGGCCAUCCUCACCGCGCUGCUGAAAGGGGCCAAUGCGUCAGCUCCAGACCAGCUGAGUUUAGCCUUGGCAUGGAACAGAGUGGACAUCGCCCGCAGUCAGAUCUUCAUCUACGGACAGCAGUGGCCUGUGGGUUCUCUAGAACAGUCCAUGCUGGAUGCUCUGGUUCUGGACAGAGUGGACUUUGUCAAGCUGCUGAUUGAGAACGGAGUCAGCAUGCACCGCUUCCUCACCUUGUCCCGGCUGGAGGAGCUGUACAACACGAGACAUGGACCAUCCAACACACUCUCCCAUCUGGUGCGAGAUGUCAAAAAGGGUAACCUGCCCCCGGAUUACCGAAUCAGCCUCAUCGACAUUGGAUUGGUCAUCGAGUACCUGAUGGGCGGAGCUUACCGAUGCAACUACACCCGGAAGAGGUUCAGAACGCUGUAUCACAACCUCUUCGGGCCCAAAAGACCGAAAGCCCUGAAACUGCUGGGGAUGGAGGACGACAUGCCGAUCCGGCGCGGGCGCCAGAAGACCACGCGCAAGCGCGAGGAGGAGGUGGACAUCGACCUGGACGACCCGGAGAUCAACCACUUCCCCUUCCCCUUCCACGAGCUGAUGGUGUGGGCCGUGCUGAUGAAGAGGCAGAAGAUGGCGCUGUUCUUCUGGCAGCACGGGGAGGAGGCCAUGGCCAAGGCCCUGGUGGCCUGUAAGCUGUGCAAGGCCAUGGCCCACGAGGCAUCGGAGAACGACAUGGUGGACGACAUCUCGCAGGAGCUCAACCACAACUCCAGGGAGUUUGCCCAGCUGGCUGUGGAGCUCCUGGACCAGUCGUACAAGCAGGACGAGCAGAUGGCCAUGAAGCUGCUGACCUACGAGCUGAAGAACUGGAGCAACGCCACGUGCCUGCAGCUGGCCGUGGCGGCCAAGCACCGCGACUUCAUCGCCCACACCUGCAGCCAGAUGCUGCUCACCGACAUGUGGAUGGGCCGCCUGCGCAUGCGCAAGAACUCCGGGCUGAAGGUGAUCCUGGGCCUGCUCCUGCCCCCCUCCAUCCUCAGCCUGGAGUUCAAGAACAAGGACGAGAUGUCCUACAUGCCCCAGGACCAGGAGGCCUACCUGCAGGAGAAGGAGGAGGAGGAGCCUGAGAAGCCGCCCAAGGAGAAGGAGGAGGAGGACAUGGAGUUCACAGUAAGGUCCUACUGUGAGACGCAGUACAACUCCGUGGCCAUGCUGGGUAAGGUCACCACGGAGACGUCCAAGAAGGACGUGGAGGAGGUGCAGAAGAGGCACCGUCUCAUCCCCAUGGGACGCAAGAUCUACGAGUUCUACAACGCCCCCAUUGUCAAGUUCUGGUUCCACACGAUGGCGUAUGUGGGCUACCUGAUGUUGUUCAACUACAUCGUGUUGGUGAAGAUGGACCUGUGGCCUUCUGCCCAGGAGUGGAUCGUUAUCGCCUACAUCUUCACCAAUGGCAUCGAGAAGAUGAGAGAGAUUCUGAUGUCGGAGCCGGGCAAGCUCCUCCAGAAGGUGAAGGUGUGGCUCCAGGAGUACUGGAACAUCACAGACCUCAUGGCCAUCCUGAUCUUCUCGGUGGGCAUGGUGCUGCGGCUGCAGGAGCCGCCCCUCAUGAGCUACGGCCGGGUCAUCUACUGCGUCAACAUCAUCUACUGGUACAUCCGGCUGCUGGACAUCUUCGGCGUCAACAAAUACCUGGGCCCCUACGUCAUGAUGAUAGGGAAGAUGAUGAUUGACAUGAUGUACUUUGUGAUCAUCAUGCUGGUGGUGCUGAUGAGCUUUGGCGUGGCUCGCCAGGCCAUCCUCAACCCCAACGAGGACCCCUCCUGGAUGCUGGCCCGCAACAUCUUCUUCAUGCCUUACUGGAUGAUCUACGGGGAGGUGUUUGCCGACCAGAUCGACCAUGUGCAUAGUAGGAAGCUACAGCACAGGCUGAAUGCUAAACUCUGGCUGAUCGAAAAACACUUUCGACCUCACGGAACCUGGCGAAAUAACGCUCCGUGCGGCAUGAACAUCACCACCGACGACGGGGUGGUUGUGGCGCUGCCGGCCUGUAAGACCGGCGCCUGGAUCGUCCCCGCCAUCAUGGCCUGCUAUCUUUUGGUGGCCAACAUCCUGCUGGUCAACCUGCUCAUCGCUGUCUUCAACAACACCUUCUUCGAGGUCAAGUCCAUCUCCAACCAGGUGUGGAAGUUCCAGCGCUACCAGCUCAUCAUGACCUUCCACGAGAGGCCCGUGCUCCCCCCUCCCCUCAUCAUCUUCAGUCACAUGACCAUGGUCCUCAAGCACCUCUGCUGUCGCUGGCGGAAACACGACGAUGACGAGAGAGACUACGGCCUGAAGCUGUUCAUCACCGAGGACGAGCUGAAGAAGGUGCACGACUUCGAGGAGCAGUGCAUCGAGGAGUACUUCAUGGAGAAGGACGACCGCUUCAACUCCUCCAACGACGAGAGGAUCCGCGUGACGUCGGAAAGGGUGGAGAACAUGGCCAUGCGCCUGGAAGAGGUGAACGAGAGAGAGCACUUCAUGAAGGCCUCCCUGCAGACGGUCGACAUCCGCCUGGCCCAGAUGGAGGAGCUGAUUGGCCGCAUCGCCGUGGCCCUGGAGCGCGUGACGGGCGUGGAGCGCGGCGAGGUCAACAAGGUGCGCUCCCGCACCUCCUCCGACUGCACCGACUCGGCGUACGUCCUGCGCCAGAGCAGCUUCAACAGCACGGAGGGCAACCCGUACCGCCUGCAGGAGGCGCUGGAGGGCGGGGCCGAGGGCUCCAUGUCCCCGCCGUCCCCGACGGGCAUGGCGCCGCGCUCGCGGAGCCACUCCUUCUACGUGGGUGGCGGGCGCGAGCGCGGCGGCGCCGGCGACCGGGCGGACAGCUUCUUCAAGGAGCGUUCCCUCAGCCUGCACCGGGCCAACAGCUCGCAAUCGGUGGCGUCCGGAGCCGCCACCAGGGAGUCUAAGCCCCUCCCCCUGGCCACGCUGUCCGUCUCCCAGCAGCACCGCCCAUCCUCCUGCAUCGACAUCUACGUGUCGGCGUCGGACGAGGCGGGGCCCGGCGAGUCCUUCCUGGACCCGUUGAGGAUGGGCUCGCCCUUGCGCCGCGAGUCCUCCCUCCACUCGGAGAUCAUGGAGGCGGUGCUGUCGGGAGGGCGGGAGUACGGCGGCGGGCCGGGCGACAGGCACUCCGAGGGCGGCGGGGCGGUGUUCGAGGACAGCGCCGCCGCCGACCUGUCGCUGUGCUCCGCCCACCUGCUCCCGGACGGCGCGCUGCCGCCUUGGGACGUGGAGCCCUCCCCGCCGCCGUCCGCCGGCCUGCUGGAGCGCUCCAAGAGCAGCCGCUACCUCUCCGCCUCCGGGGCGGGCUUCCUGGACGAGCCGUCGAUGGUCAAGUCCCACAGCAUGAUGUUCACGCCGCGCAGCUGCUACGGGGGCCUGGGGGCGGGCGUCCAGGUGAAGGCGGCCGAGUACACCAGCAUCACCGACUGCAUCGACACGCGCUGCGUCUCCACGCCGUACACGCCGGCCGAGCGCUCGCACUCGCCCGGGGGCUCCACCUCCUUCCCCUUCGACAAGCCCCAGGACAUGAUCGCCUCGCACCCGGAGCGAGAGGCCGAGCUCAGCCACACCGAGUCGGACCCCGAGGACCCGGAGGAACUGCUGCCGGCCCCCGAACCCCACCGCCUGGGGGGCCUCGGGACCCCCCACCGCUCCACCUUCUCCAGGAUGGAGCGGGCCAACAGCUGCUCCUCGGACGACUCCCACCCGUCCCUGGCCCCGCCCCACAGGAAGAGCCUGUCGGUGAGCGAGCGGAUGGAGAGGGGGGGCGGCGCCGGGGGGGACAGGGGCCGGGGGCUGGGGGCCCGGAACCCCUUCCUCAGGAGCAAGUCAGGGGCCAGGCCCGAGGCAGCCAAGACAGACAGCCUUUCCAUGAGGAAAAUGGCGGCUCCCUCUGCCUUCCGUAGCUUUGACAGCAGGCACAACUACACGUGACAAUGAGGAGGGGGUGGGCACAUCGUUGUUCUUCAGUAUGACAGGGCCGGGGGGGGGGGGAGGGGGCAGGGGGAGAGGUGGUAUGAGUUUAGGGACAGGGUCCCAGCAGUCUAAAGAGGUACAGUAUGACUCUAGGGUAGUUUCACCUCCUCCCGUAGCUUACACUAACUAGGUGUUUGGUGAUGAAAGUUUUUGUUGUGCUGUCUUCCGCCAUUUUGUCCAGUCGACAUGCUGUCACCGUGUUAUACAUCACAACAUCAAUCAUUAUUCCACCUAUAGUAUGGUAAUUGUUCUCUUAACUGUCUGAUACACUAGUCUAGUCUCGAAUUGAGAUCGGUAAACAGAUUGACGUGGCCUCGGGGCUGGAUGUCUGUCCCAUUCCUUGCUUGGCUGCCCUUUCUACCUCCUCGCCCAGUAAACUCCCCAAUCCAGAGGAUGCUACUGAUGGCUGCUUGUGUUUCUCCCAACACCUGUAGCAAUAUUGGGCUAGUGUCAAGCAGUAGGGACUCCAGCUGCACACACAUGAUGAAUGAGAGGUCUAGUGAGAGAAUGGAACCCCACUCAGAGUAGCUGGAAGUCCUUAAAGAAACUGGUUUGUAACUAUUUUCUGUUUCCUCUCCUUUGAACCAUUUAUCAUGGGUGUUACAUAGUCCUACAACAGGGCAGCAAAAGCAAAAAUCUAUUUUAAGAUGGGAGAUUCUCUGCAUACUGUAUACCACGGCAGUUUUCACCUCAGAUCCUGUGACACACACAUGCACACACUAGGGCAUACUGACAGGCAGCAUGAAAGGCCCUGUGUGAUGCCAUGUAGGCUGCAGCGGCAAUUUAUUCAUAUUAUACCGAGGUUGCAGUUCCCAAUCUGGAAUCUCAGUUCUGAACACAAGAGAGAGCUGUGAGCCUAUUUAAGGAGUCUUCCUGGAAGCGCACAUUAAAACUGAACGCGUAAAAAGUGGAACUAUUAUUUUGAAACCAAACAAUCAUGGAGCAUUGCUGGUAGUGGUGCCGUUCUUCCGCAAUGUCUGCAGGCGAUGUUUU